AUGACUUGUUUCAAUUUUGCAUGUUUAUUUUGGCUGGAAUGGGAAGCCUUGCAAGCCGCUUUGCGUAUGGGGAUCGUGGGUUUGCAAGGUUCUUUUUCUUCUUCCUGGCAGCAGCCGUUUUAUAUCAGGUGGCUCAUCAAGAUCAAUGGGAAGAGUACUGUCAUUCACAGCCACGGAUAUAUCGUUUUCCGUUGGAAAGUCCUCCUUAUUGGUGGAGUCACUCAUGUUAGAAACAAGGGCUGUGGUUAUAUUACUGGACGGGGCUGUGAUUUUUGUACUGGAUUGGGCUGUGGCUUUGUGACUGAUUGGGGCUGUCGUACUGCUACUGGAUGGUCCUGGAGGGCUGAGCCUGUUCUGAGAUUUGGGCUGCAGCAGUGUUGCUUAUUUGGGCUGUUUUAUGGCUACUGGAUGGUGCUGGGUAAUUGCUGUUGGGCUGAACCUGUUCUGGGGUGUGGGGUGUGGAUUUGUUACUGCUGGAAGAGUGCACUUUGUGUUGUUGCAAUUUUGGACUUGUCCUUGGGAUAUUGGGCUUCACUAGGAUAUGCUGGGCCAGGUCUCGAAGAUGUAUUAGAAGAAUCAGCUGCCCUAGAAACAGCAAUGGCAGCUGCAUUCAUUGGUGGAGCUGCUCUGGGGGCAGUUUUCGGGGAGCUUUUAAAAGCAGUAUUGGACGUGAAAGACAAAGCCCUGAUGUUUAGGUCCAACCUGGAGACCAUGGAAGACAUACUACAAUCAAUCAUUCCGAUUCUCCAAGACAUUGAUCAGUUGAACAAAGCACUGGAUGGUAGAAAGGAAGAGACAGAAAAAAUCAUGAAAGUAAUCAGGAAAGCCGAGAAGCUUGUUCUUAAAUGCACCAAAAUUCAUCGAUAUAACUACUGGGAAAAGUCUAGAUACACAAACAAGCUUCUCAAAUUAGAAGGGUCACUCAAGCUGUUUUUUCAGAUUAUCAUGCAAGGCCAAACAGCAAGGGACGUCAAAAAGAUUUUGGUGGAAGUAACAGGCAAGCAUUCGAGCAGAGGGAGAAAAAUUGGAUUUUAUGCUUCGAGUGCAGUCCCUGAGCCUCCGGCGAAUCCUGUUGGGUCAGAGUUGGUAUUGGAGGAAUUGAAGAUGGAGCUGUUCAAGGAUGGGGUGUCCAUGGUUGUAUUGUCAGCUCCUCCUGGCUGUGGAAAGACAACAUUGGCUAAACUACUUUGUCACGAUAAGGAAGUUCAAGGUAAAUUCCAGGAUAACAUCUUUUAUGUCAUUGCAUCAAAAAACGCAAGCAUGGAAGGCGUCGUAAGGAGACUAUUCAAGCAUCGAGGUCUCGAUGUAGGUGACUUUCAAAGUGACGAAGAUGUAGUUUACCAACUUGAACAAUUUUUGAAGAAUAUAGGACCAAGUCCUAUACUGUUGGUCCUGGAUGAUGUAUGGCCCGGUUCAGAGUCCCUUCUUGAGAAUUUUAAGUUCCAAAUACCAGAUUACAAGAUAUUGGUGACAUCAAGAUCUGAUUUUCCAAGAUUUGGCUCUACAUAUAAGUUGCAACCAUUGAAUUAUGAUGAUUCCUUGACUCUUUUCUGCAACUCAGCAUUCCUACCUGAUCAGAGCGCAAAAAUUGCAGAUGAAGAUGUUGUCAGCAAGAUAGUGAAAGGGUGCAAGGGAUUUCCACUGGCCCUUAAAGUGGUUGGCAAAUCCCUCUGUGGAGAACCUGCAGAAAUCUGGAAAACCAGAGCAACGGAAUUGUCUAAAGUUGGUUCAAUUUUCGAAUACAGUGACCUGCUCAAUUCUCUCCAAAGAAGUUUGGAUGCCUUAGAUAAAAAGGUUAUAGUGAAGGAGUGCUUCAUGGACUUAUGUUCAUUUCCUGAGGAUCAAAGGAUUCCUGUUAACGCCCUCAUUGAUAUGUGGAUGGAAUUGUACAAGCUAGAUGAAGAAGCAUAUGCCGUUGCCAAAAUCCAGGAACUCUCUAAUCGAAAUUUAGUUGAUCUUGUAGUCACAAGGGAUGAUCUAAGCGGCUGCUAUAAUCAUCACUUUGCUAUGCAGCAUGAUCUUCUGAGAGAGCUAACUAUCCAUCAAAGUGAGUUGGAACCCAUCGAGCAGAAAAAAAGACUAGUUCUGGAGAUACAUGCCAACAAUGUCCCUGACUGGUGGAUGGAACAGAAGAAACCAAGCAUUAGUAGCCGCCUCUUGUCUAUCUCCACAGAUGAAAACUUCUCAUCAAGUUGGUGCUCCAUGCAAGCACCUGAAGUUGAGGUUUUGGUUCUUAAUUGUCAAACAAAGAACUACACAUUACCGGAGUUCAUUGCUGGGAUGGAGAAGCUGAAAGUUUUGAUAUUCAUGAACCAUGGUUCCUUGCCUACAGAAUUUAGUAAUUUCCAACUUCUUGCUUCUGUACCCAACUUGAAGAGAAUCAGAUUAGAGCAGGUUUCAAUUCCUUCCUUUGCCUUCACCUCUACGAAGUUGGAGAAUAUACAAAAGCUAUCUUUGUUUAUGUGCAACAUUGGUCAAGCCUUUGGUACCUCUACCAUCCUGGUUUCAGAAGCAUUGCCAAAUUUAGUGGAAAUCAACAUUGACUACAGCAAUGAUCUGAUAGAAUUGCCUGGUGAGAUCUGCCAUCUUAUCAAGCUAAGGAACAUCAGCAUCACCAAUUGUCAUAAGUUGAUUGCAUUGCCUAGAGAAAUCGGCAAGUUGGUUAAUUUAGAAAUUCUAAGACUUGGUUCCUGUAUAGAAUUGCUUGAGUUGCCACACACAAUUGGGGGCCUCCAUAAUUUGAACAUUCUUGACAUAUCAGAGUGUUUAGAGAUUGAAAGAUUACCAGAAGAGAUCGGAGAGGUGCAAAAUCUGAGCAUGCUGCACAUGAUUGGCUGCUCGAACAUCCAUGAGUUGCCGCCAUCGAUCGUGAAUCUUAAAUAUUUGAAGGAAGUCGUAUGCGAUGAAGAAACAGCCGAUCUGUGGGAACCGGUUAGGCAUGUUCUCGAGAAUUUGAGAAUUAAGGUGCAUAAAGAAGACAUCAACUUAGACUGGCUUGACAACCAUCGUUUUUGA